AUGGAUGGCACGUGGCGCAUCGGUUUGAGGGUCAUUGAUUCUCCGGACUGCCUAUUUUUGCUGUUGGGGGAGGACGCCAAGAUUCACGCGUACGGAGCUGCGCAAAGCGAAAGGAAGGAGGAAAUAUACCUCCUUCUGAAGAGGUACGCGGAUAGACGGAGGAGGAACCGCACGCUGCUCGCUCUGGAGUGGUUGUACGACGACCUCUGUUGUAGAGGGGCUGAUGAUGUCACCAAGGGGUAGAUACGAUAGUCAGGACGUCCUCUGCUUCGACUUCUACUUCGACACCGCCGCCGGCAUCGAAGCGCGCCAGAGGGGGCAGAGAUAGAGCGAGUGAAAGAGUCGCUAAGCGGGGUGCCUUUGAAGCUUGAACAGGUCAGCACCCUCACGGACGCAGUCGCGAUCGCCUACAUGAAUGCCGUAGGACUGAAGUUGACAGGCAACGUUGCACUCAAGCAGAACAAACUAUCGGACUUUUUCGAAAGCAACAAUAUUUCAGAGUACAGGUACUCUCCUUCAAGGCCUGAGACCUCGCCCGCGCCCGCUGUAGGACCCGCCAGUGGGCACAUGUCAAUUUGAGGGUUGGGAACUCGAAAUAUCUGUUGGUGUUGAGUUGUUGUAGAUGUAUUUAUCGGCGGGACCUGCUCUUUCUCCACCUUUGAUCAAGACAAUUAGACUAAGUAUUAUUUAUUAUUCCAUGCGUUGACCGUCAAGGGUGAUGGCUCUGUCCUCCUCUUUGCGUUUUGUUGUCUGGCGUAUGUGUUUGCCUCCUGCGUGGGAGACGGGAUAGAUAUUCCGUUCGUCUCGUUCCGCACGACCGGUACGGAUGGAGUAGAACUUGUUUUCGCCAUGCCGAGUACGGAUUGAAGAAACAAG